AUGUUGAAAGACGCGGCCAGAGAGCGCCUUCACCUGGAGGAGCACAGGUGGAUGCACCAGUGUACCUCCUGCGGCGUCUCUCCUGAAGAAUGCCUCGAGAAGCUGGGUCUUAACUCCAACCACGCGAACAGGUCCCUCAACCUGUACCCGAAGAGCGAGCGCCUCUGGCAGUUCCUCCACCAGGUGCAGACGAAGCUCUCCCGCCCGCGACCUCCUAGGACGCCCUCGUAUUCAGGCCCGCUGCCGGACACGCCCCCCGAUGUCUCCCCUGACCACGCCCAUCCCAGGAGCCUGGCUAAUACGCCCCCGUGCUCGCCUACUGAAGACGCGAGGCAGCCUCGGCUGAAUACCUACUGACGGCGACGGUCGUGAGGAAGGCGGCGGUGAUAGUGACAACGAUGGGGGGGGGGAUGGUGAAUGGGAUGGUGACGACGAGGAUGAUGGUGAGGGUGACAAGGAUGGUAAAUGAUGGUGGAGAAGAUGGUGACUGUGAUGGUGACGACAAGGAUAGUGACGAAGGUGAUGGUGAGGAAGAUGAUGGUGACUGUGUUGGUAACGACGAUGAUGAUGUUUGUGAUAAUAACGAUAAUGAUUAUGACGAAAGUAAGGAUAAUAAUGACGACGAUGAUGAUGACGAAAUUAGUAACGAAUGUCAUGGUGACGAAGAUUAUGGUGAAUGCGACGGUGAUAAAGGUGGUGACGAUGAUGAUAAUGACGAUGAAGACAAAGGUGUCGCUGAAAGACAAUAAAAAAUAUGAUUAUGUGUGUGCAUCGGUGUUCGUUCGUACGUGUGUGGUGAAUAUUCUCAACAAGCUAAAACAAAAUAAAGAUCAUUAUAUAACACAUGUAACGUUCGUAAAUGUUGUGUGGCUUGAAUUCCAUGUUUAAUAAGAAACAUUAGGCGUGAAGACAGAACUCUCAGAGAAGAAAUAUUCUGACAGAAAGCUCACAAUUAAUUAAAAAAAGAAAAAAAAAAGACUAUUUCAUAAAUGUAUCUUCCUCAUACUCACCUCAAUAACAUGCCUGUAUAUACCAUGGUUUAUCUAUAUUUGUUUGUUUGUAUGUCAAGCGGUGAUGUCCAGAAAUGGUGCAAUUCAGUGACGUCCAGAAGUGAUGUCAGAUCCAUGUUAAUGAGGGAGCCUUUGCCGGAGCACAGCUGACAACGGCCCUUGAGUAUACACAAAAUACAUAUGCUUAUUCUGUACACCGGUCAAGGCAGUGCACAGUCAGAAGAACAAAUAUCGUUACCCUUUGCACAAACUAAUAUGAAAAUUCAACGAAGUGGCGUGGAAAAGCGAGGCAAUGUAGUUUGCAGCGUAAUCAGGUGUUACUAGAAAGAAGCGUUCAGCUCCUCAUAGAACACAAGUAAAGGUGACGAUAGUUUUCUUCUGACUGUACAUCAUAUAGCCAUCCAUCGUCAGCCCUCCCUUGACCUCCUUGCGCUGAUCACUUAACCAGCCUGCCGUGUAAACCAUGAGCAUUACUCCCCCUUCAUGAUGCGAAAGGUACAGUCUAGUAUCGAGCUGCUUAACCUCAUCACACAUCGCACUGCCUUUCAUGUUCGGAAAGACAGAGAGGGGUCUACUCCAUAGCCAUCCCUCCAGAGUACUUUCUACGCCUUUUUAUAACAAUUGUACACUAUUUUCCUAAAGUCUUAGAACAGUCACUUUCAACGGAAAGGGUUUGUAUGGUCACUUAUGACUUAUAUACAGUGGGUGUGUCAGACACGCCCGAUCGUUCAGUGUCAGUAAACAGCUCAAACUUCUUUUUAUUUUCUUUCACAGCUCCAUGGGGUAGAAAAGGGUGACCAAGAAGCAGCAGAUUUAUUAUUUGAAGCCACGUGUCUUGAGUUGUGAUAUAUACAGCCGCAUUCAUAGUCGCUCCGCACCCGACUUGGGGUUUGUCGAUAAAAACGGUAUGCGGCAAC